UUUUGGUAGUGGAAUAAUUGUGUUUGAACGGCAAGAUGGUAGCGAUCGAGCAGCAUUUAUGGGAAUUCUGACUAAUCAGUUGGCGUGCUAGGAGAAAUGGAACCCAGUUUUUAUGUGGCUGUGGAAUUCUGACCAUGGGGUCUAUAUUCUUCGUCCACGGCUUGGCCCGCUAAUUACAAUACAGGAUUUCCAAUAAUCUUGAUCGACCAUGGAGUUCCUUUCUUUCAUGCUCUUCUGUUUCUUUUUCUUCAACUCCUCGGUUGCCCUCGACACCAUGACUCCGAACCAGACACUCAGAGACCAGGGUGAAACUCUUGUUUCAAAUGAUAAAAGCUUUGAAUUAGGCUUCUUCAGUCCCUGGAAUUCCAUUAACCGUUACAUAGGAAUAUGGUUCAAGAAUGUUCCAGAGCAAACAGUUGUUUGGGUGGCCAACAAAAACAACCCACUCACCAAUUCAUCCGGUGUCCUCAGAAUCACUUCCAGUGGCAACAUAGUCAUCCAGAACUCAGAGUCCGGAAUCAUUGUAUGGUCUUCGAAUUCUUCAGGAAUUAGUCCGGUUUUGCAGCUGUUGAACACUGGAAACCUUGUUGUGAAAGAUGGUUGGAGUGAUAACAAUUCAGGAAGCUUUAUUUGGCAGAGUUUUGAUUAUCCAUGCGAUACUAUAAUACCGGGCAUGAAACUGGGGUCCAAUUUAGCUACUGGACUGGACUGGUACCUGACUGCAUGGAAGAGUACGCAAGAUCCAUCCACAGGAGAAUUCACCUACAAAGUUGACCACCAAGGGCUUCCCCAAGUAGUUCUUCGUAAGGGAUCAGAGGUGAAGUUUCGUAGUGGGCCUUGGGACGGUGUUAGGUUUGCUGGGAGUCCCGAGAUUAAAACUAUUAACGGUAUCUUCAAACCUAUCUUUGUAUUCAAUUCAACCCAUGUCUACUAUUCCUUUGAAGAAGACAAUUCUACUGUUUCAAGGUUCGUCUUGAACCAGUCAGGCUUAAUCCAACACAUUGUAUGGAACCCCAGGAUUGGUGCGUGGAAGGAUAUCAUAACACUAAACGGCCAUGAAUGUGAUGAUAACUAUGACAUGUGUGGUCCUUAUGGUAUCUGUAAGUUGGUUGACCAAACGAUUUGUGAAUGCCCAUUUGGGUUCACGCCCAAGUCGCCCCAGGACUGGAACGCACGUCAAACUUCUGCAGGGUGUGUUGCUCGGAAGCCAUUGAAUUGCAGAGCUGGCGAGGGGUUUAGGAAAUUCAAAGGGUUGAAGCUGCCAGACGCUUCAUAUUUGAACAGGACCGUAGCGAGUCCAGCGGAGUGUGAGAAGGCUUGUCUGAGCAACUGUUCAUGUGUGGCCUAUGCGAACACUGAUGUUAGUGCCUGUGUGGUCUGGUUUGGGGACUUGAAAGACAUUAGAAGGUACAAUGAAGGUGGGCAAGUCCUUCACAUUCGGAUGGCUGCUUCUGAACUUGACUCCAAGAACAAGAAAACCCUGGUGUUUCCUCUGAUGGUAAUUUCUUCAGCUCUUCUGUUGGGUUUAGUGGUGAGCUGGUAUGUUGUCAGGAGGAGAACUUCUAGGAGGAGAGCUUUGGGAGUAGAUAAUCCAAACCAAAGUUUCAGUCGGGACAUUGGAGAGGAAGAUCUAGAGUUGCCUUUAUUUGAUUUGGUUACCAUUAAAGUGGCCACUAAUAAUUUCUCUUUGGCAAACAAGAUUGGGCAGGGUGGUUUUGGUCCUGUUUACAAGGGCGAGCUCCCAACAGGGCAAGAAAUAGCUGUGAAGAGGCUCUCUGAAGAUUCAGGGCAAGGUCUUAAGGAGUUUAAGAAUGAGGUUAUCUUGAUUGCCAAGCUUCAACACCGGAAUCUCGUUGGGCUCUUGGGAUGUUGCAUUCAUGAAGAAGAGAGGAUGCUGAUCUAUGAGUACAUGCCUAACAAAAGUUUAGACAAAUUUAUUUUCAAUCAAACAAGAGGUACUUCAAUUACAUGGCAGAAGCGCUUCGACAUUAUAGUGGGGAUUGCACGAGGACUUCUUUAUCUUCAUCAAGAUUCAAGGUUGAGAAUCAUUCACAGGGAUCUCAAAGCCAGCAACGUCCUCCUUGACGACAAUAUGAAUCCCAAAAUCUCGGACUUUGGCUUAGCAAGAACAUUUGGAAAUGAUCAAACAGAAGUUAACACAAAUAGGGUCAUCGGAACUUAUGGCUAUAUGUCUCCUGAAUAUGUAAUAGAUGGUCUCUACUCUACGAAAUCCGAUGUCUUCAGCUUUGGAGUGCUCGUCUUAGAGAUAGUGAGUGGCAAGAGAAACAGAGGAUUUUAUCAUCCUGACCAUGACCUCAAUCUUGUAGGACAUGCAUGGAAAUUAUGGAAUGAAGGGCGGCCCAUAGAACUAGUGGAUGUCUUCAUGGAGGGUCCAUCACCAAAUUCACAAGUGGUGAGAUGCAUUCGAGUGGGUCUCUUGUGCGUUCAACUGCGCCCAGAAGACAGGCCCUCCAUGUCAUCUGUUCUUCUAAUGUUGUUCAGUGAGAAUCCAAUGCUGCCUCCACCGAAGCAACCUGGUUUUUACACAGACAGAUAUAUUGUAGAAACAGACUCAUCAUCAGCUGGGAAACAGCCCUGCACUCCAAAUGAAGUGACUGUGACAAGGUUACAAGGUCGAUAGAAGACUAAUAAUAUGAUCCUAUCUCUGUACAAAGUGCACAUUUUUGCAACCAUCCGGAUAAUAAACUCUGCUAUAUGGUAUCAUUUUGUGGCCUUGGACUUGAAUUCACACAUUUGGUAGUGAUGCUGGGCAAAACACAUACACUGAAUAUCACCUCAUGGUCUCAACUCUAUUUAUGGUUCAGCAUUGAUAACAAAACAGCAAUAUGAAUGUGGCUAAGAAAGGCGAGUCAAUUUCGGGGCACUUAUGCACACUUUAGAUCACUAGGUGUAGAAGGGAAAAAACGCACACCAAUAUGAUUAAAGAUCUGAACCAAUGAUCAACUGCAGGAGAAAUAAGGUGACAAUAAACAAGGUCCAAGCUCGGUGAAGAUGCAUAAUUCAGCCAAAAGAUGCAUUAUCUUAAUAGCUGAAUGUAAAUUACUUCGGUGGGACCUAGAAAUGUAAGAUAUAUUGAAUUUUAUGAGAAACACAUGAAUGUUGUUAUGUAUUAGCAAUUUCAAGCUAAAAUUUCCAUUGAGUACUCCUUAGUCUUUCAAUUCAGCUCUCGAACUCCUGUAAUUUUAA